CCUCUUUUUUGCGGCAUUAUUUUGUAGCCUGCAAAGAGCCAUCCACUACAAAAUUUUGAGGAUGUCUUCGCGAAGGAACUUACAUAACUUGACAAACCUUGUUGCAGCAAUCACUCAGCUCUCUGAAAGUGAUUGCUCCAACAAUUGUGAAAGAACUUUUGAAGGAGAUAACGAUGCUAACGCUAGCAAUAUUGAAAGUACGAUACGCACUCUGUUCCCUUCUGCAAAUGGCCGUUCAUCCACAACCACAACAGUCGGAGGAGCAGCGACUACAGCAGCUAAUACUUCACUGUUCAACCCAAGUGUAAAUUAUGGAGGAGGAAAAAAGUCAAAAAGGUCCAAGACUAGUAAAAAUAACAACGGCAAGAAGCUGAAAUUGAACGAAGCUCGGACAACUCUAAAAGAUGUUGUCUUGAUACCAUAUUCAAGGCAAACUAAAGUACCACGUGGACGGGAAAGAGAAGCAAUUUUUUCCGCAGGAUUUUUGUCUACGUUUGAGUUAGACCCUUCCAUGGAUGAGGAAGGAAUAAGAACAGCAUUAGAAAGCAAGUUUGCAGUGAAGUUUUCGAAUACAAGAAAGUCUCCCAAAUUCGAAUUUAUGAGAGCUGUACACAGCAAGCUGAUUUCCCUUGAAACUGACGGCUGUCCAAAAUGUGACGGUAGGCUUUUAAAGCAUGUGUCUGGUCAAGGACCAAUAUAUAUUCGGGCCAAGGAAGACAUUAGUGUGUCAGUGCAUAGUUUAGUCAAAAUAGAGGACAACAGCAGUGAUGACAUUAGCUCUGAAGAUGAUGACAUUAUUUUGAAAACAACAAUGUUCGAGGACCAAUUCACAAGUUCAUUUUCAUCACAAAAUUUGGGAGACAAUCUAAAAUCAACAUUGCCUCCCUUGUUGCACUCUUCUUCUUUGCAUGAUAUCUCUCAUGAAAGGUCAAGUGUGGCUACCACAUCUACAACCUCAUCAAUUUUGUGUCCAACUUGUAAUAUGAAAUUCAAAAUUGAUGAAAUUGAAGAGCAUGCUGAUUUGUGCUGUGAAAGUGCUUGGAAAGGCACUGAACAGCACUAUGUCAGUAUAAUGUCUCAAUUUAAACGUAAAGAUGACCAGAAUCAACCUAAAGAUGACCAGGAUCACCAUUUGUCGUCUGAUGCAGCAGCUGAGAAUACUGAACUUUUACAAGUUUCAUUGCUGGAUGAGUUGAAAAGACUAGAAAAAAAUUUGGAUCAAACCACAAAUCGUGUAAAUGUGCAAAGGAUCAGUAUUUUGAACGACUAUUUGGAUAGGAGGAUAAAAUGUUCUUGGUUUUCUCCAAAAAACAAAAUUAAGGUCGUCUUCAUAGGUGAACCUGCCGUUGACGAUGGAGGUCCAAGGCGUGAAUUUUUUUCUGAAAUACUACUUUUGUUGAGAAUGCGGCUGUUUGAUGAAAGAGGAAUGCCUUUGGAAAGCACCAUGGCAUUGACACAGAACUUGUACAAAUAUGCAGGGGAAAUUAUGGUCAUGUCAAUUCUACAAGGUGGACCAGCUCCAAACUUCUUGUCACCUGUUAUUUAUGAUCUAAUUGCAAAAGGACUCUCAGCUGCUAAUUUUUCUCUUGAUAUGAUAGAAAAUGAGCACUUCAAAAAAAUUGGCAUGAAGAUUGACGAUGCAAACACAGACAGUCAACUACAAUCAUUAUUGACAACAGAUGAUGCUCUUGAUGUUCUUGAAAAAGUUGGGUACAGAGGAGUUCCCACACAAGAGACAUUGUCAACAAAGCAAAGAUUAGUUAGGUCCAUAAUAAUCAAAUCAUGUAUUGAGCCAAAGCUGGCCAUGGUCAGGCAAUUGGAGGAAGGUCUUGUGCUCUGUGGAUUGCUUGAAAGAAUACGCAAUUGUUCUUCUGUUUUUAAACCACUGUUUGUGGAAGAUGACACCUUUGUAAUAACUCCAGACAAAUUGCUAGACAAUUUCAAUGUUCAUUUUAGUGAAAGGCAACAUGAAAAAAUGAAAGAAUCCACUACAUAUAAGCACUUUUGUGACUUCAUAGAAGAGCUUGGAUAUGCUGGUAUAAAAGAGCACAAUUUAGAAUUAAAGCAUCUUUUCCGUUUUAUGACUGGAUCAUACACAAUGCCCCCCCUAGGAUUUUCGGAAGCUAUGAAAGUGGAAUUUGUUCACGGUUGUCCUGAAAAUUGCAAGUGCCGCCCAACAGCAUCAACAUGCCAACUGUCAAUAAAUAUUCCAGUGCAUGCUAAUACAGGGGAAAUGAUGAGAGAGCUGAUGACGUCAGCUUUGCUUGAGGGAUAUGGAUUUGGAAAAAUAUGAGAACAAUGCCAGUCAGUCCUGUUUCAUCCAAAAGGAAAUGUUUUUAAAGAUUUUUUCACAUACUCUCUGAACUGUUUUGUUGCAAUUUGCAUCUGCAUAAUCUAUUCCAAUGAUGAAACUAAUAUACCAAGGUUUAAUUUUGAAAAUAAUUUGAAAGGGC